GUGAUUAGUCAUUUCCCUUUACUGAUUCCUUUCCUAGCAUGCUUUAUUCAGUCCCCCAGGCAUUCUUCGAAACAUGCCCUAAUCACAGGAGGGAUAGCCAUAGCCAUGGGUACGUGAAUAAAGAACUUGGGAGGGGAGGGUAUUGUGAGGUCAUAGAUGUGUGGAAUGUAGAGCAGGUAGCGGGCUCCCCACCACCCAUAGAACUGCAGAUCUUGCUUCCCUUGUACUGGUUCUGGUUACAGCUUUGGCUUUCUUUCUCUUACAGUCCCAUGAGCCAGAAUAAUGAUUUCCUCCACUUUCUGCAACUGUUAUGUAAAUGCCCGCUCUGUGGGGUGUAUAACAGAACAGGAGCUAAGGUCAGUCAACUGAUCUGUAAGGCGUUCUUGGAAAAUGCUCUUAAUUCUGUGUCCCGUGUGUCUUCCGUGACGUCUGUGAGAGAGUCAUCAGUUUUUCGGUCCGCUGUUGUCUCUGCAAUCCCUCUGGGAGCUUCAGUUUCAACUCCUUUAACUGAGCCAACUCUAUUUCCUUCCUCUAUUCGUUCACCUGACCAAAUUACCCCUUUAAUGGACCUACCUGGACCCUCAUUACUGGGUGACUCUCUGCCACCAGAGCCUUCUCCCUUGAGUUCAAAAUUGCCAGUGGAUCAUAUCCCACCUCAACCAUCUGUUCCAACUCCUCCCCCACCUGUUCCAACCCUUCCCCCACCAACUGACAGUCAAGAAGCAAAACCUGUUCUCCAACCAGAAGCCCCUUUGUCUCUGGUGGAUAGCCCUGAUGGGUUGUCUACUAAUGUCCCAACAACCACAUGCACUGACAGUGCAAGCCUUCCAGUGUCAGAGUUCUCUGGAAACCAGUCUCAUGCUGAAAACUUGUCUCCAUCUAAAUUGGAGCACUCUGAUGAUGACAAAAACCUCCUCGACCUCCAUCCUCCUGAGGCCUCUUUUGAGAGUGAUACUACAGCCAUCCUUGUAGAGCACGGAAACCUCUCAUUUCUAUGCCCUGAUGUCUUGGCCCUUCUGGAGAGACAUAUAAAAAAGAAGGGUGAUUUCCUGAUGCAGAACAAAAAGAAAAAGGAAAAAAAAUCUUUUCCAAAAGAACUUAAGCCAGACGACCAAUUGAAUUCUUCAGGGAAAAGGUUAGAGUCAGUUGCUGAGCAACAGGACUCACCUGUCUCCCUUCCUUUACAGAGCAGUGAAGGCAAAUCAGAGGGAUUGCAGGUAGACCACCAGUCCUCAGAUCCUAAGACCUUUGAGGAUAACUUACCUAAAAAAUGUACCCAAUUCUUCUAUGGUCUCCCAUCUUUGCAUAGUGAGUCCUUGAAAUCUAUAGUUCCCGUCUCAGGUGACUGUUCAACCUAUGUCUGCUUCAAUUCAAUGCCCACUUUCUUUGAAGCCCCUGAAUCUCUAGUUCUACCCCCUCCCCCAACUCUGUCCUUGCCUGAGAUCCAAUCUCAACCCUUGACCCAAGCACUGUGCCAAUCUCCUGUCCCACCUGAGGACCAGCUUCAGUGCCAAUCUCCUGUCCCACCCCAGGACCAGCUUCAAUUCUCGGUCCCUACCUUGUCACCACCCAUUUCAUCUCAGGUUAGUGAUGGUGGAGUGAGGAUUCAUAGAUUCCAGGAUGAGGUACACUCUCUCAUGCCAUCCAAAAUUCAUGAUAAUGAUCUGGACUCUGACUUUAAGACAAACCUAAAAAACGAAUUGAAUAGUCUUUUUGGAAAAAAAUCAAAGAUCUCAGAGGAGAGCUCAGUUCAGAAACAACUGACAGAAGCCCUAGAAAUACAUUUGAGCAAGAAAUUUGAGGAAAUCCAUGUGUGUCAGAUGCCUGGCACCGUGAAUAGAUCAUUGCAUUCUAUGGAGCCAGUAUUGAUUAGUCCUGAGAAAUCCCUUAGCCAAACGAAACACAGAGAUUUGGUACCACUGGUGUGUAAGGACAAGGGCCUCAAUACCUCCCAGGAUAUAUCCUUCCUUGGUUCCAACAAACAAAAGAUCUUGGAAGACCAUAUUAAACUGUUCCAUAAGAGGAUGAUGUGUGGGCUUCCUCAAAAGGUCCAGGAAUCCAUAGACAUCUUCAAAAUGAAAGGAACCCCAUCCUGGUCCUCAGUUAGCUCCAACAUUUCCUCCUCAUCCAGUCUUACUUCUGGCAAGUAUUCCAAAAUUGGGGUCUCCAAGCCCCUUAAAGAAAGCAUUAGUACUUUUCACGUAAACAAGGUGGGAACAAUAAUUUCAGGCCCUACUCUAGAUCAUCCUCUUUCUGCCACUUCACCUGUGAGCAAGGAAAAUAAGAGGGCCCUAACACAUUCACCCUCUCACACCAAGCCUGAGCUUACAGAGAAUGUCAAGGCAAUUGAGGGUGACAGACGGGCUUCGUUGCCCUUCCCACACAGUGACAAAGAUAAAGACAGUCAGAAACAGACUGUAAUAGCCAAUAAAUGCAGCCCAAAGUUGCCCACAAAGCAGGCUGGGGCCAGACCCAAAUCAUGGAAUAAGGGAGUGAGUCCCAGCAAUAGUAUAGAAAAUAUCCAGAGAAAAAUGAUUAAGAAUUUAAAAUAUUUUCCCAUGUCUAACAAGUCCAGGGAGAUAUUCAAGGCAAAGGAGCUCUGUGCUAUUCGAUCACAGUCUACGAACAGCCUGACGACCACAGAGUCAGAAAGCUCCUCAGUGACAGAUAUGAAUAUGAGUAAAGUUGAAUCAACUCUAACCAUUGAAGGGCCCCCAGAAGGAAUAUCAGUUCUCAAAGAUUCCGAAUCAUUAGAUCUUAAAAAUCAGUUGCUUAAUGAGUUGAAGAUGAAAAUUGAGAGCAGGGAGCGGGGCCUGGCUCCAGCCUUUUCUACUGAGUUGUCUCUGGCCUUAGAUAAGUUGACUUCCAAGACCCUGGCUUCCAAGACCUUAGCUUCCAAAACCUUGACUUGCAAGACCUUGACUUCCAAGACCUUGACUUCCUUCACUCAUUUUCAUAGUGCCUCUAGUGGGGACAUGGCAGCUCCCCAGGUGCUACAAGCCCAAUGUGACAACAGAGGGAUCAACAUAGAGCAGGGGCAAGAACACUGGAUCCCUACACAUGUCUUAUGCAAGUGUCAGGACAAGAAUGUACCAUUAGCAUCAAAAAGGGUGUGCCCUCUGGUACCCCAAACAGGCAAGUUUUGUGGAGGGGAUGCAGGGUUGGUGACACGCCAACCUAGAGGGAAGCUCCCCCACCCUCAAGACAGAACACUAAAGGAGGCACUUGGGAGCAAGUCCUCCUCAGCCCCAUCACUGAAGGGACAGCCUUCUAAAAGCCAGUUCAAACACUUUUUUCAAAGGCUUUAUCUUGGUAUAAAAGGCAAAGGGCAAGAAGGUUCUCUGGAAAAGGGCAGCUCUUCAUCAUCUGUGCAAGGCAGAAACCCAGCUAAGAAGAGAGCUGCCUUUACUGGGAAUACUGAAGCUCAGAAAAUCAUGACAGACAUUGGGAUCCUAGAGGAGAAACUAGCAGGUCGGCAUGGAGUAGAGGCCACUGCCCCGCAAAAGCCUCUUUCCACCCCCAUGAGGCCUGGGAAAAUUCAGCACAAGACUGGAUUGCCGAUUCAGGCAGAACCCAUCCAGAAACAUGACUUCAAUGUCAAUACUCCCUGUGCUAAGGUGCCAAGUGCCAAAUCUUGCAGCCAAGAAGUUGGCUUUGCUGGUCAGUGGUAUCGUAUAGGGAAUAAUAAAUGGGUCAUGGACAGGGGCAGACAGCCCCAGAAAAGUGUACAGUACAGGACAAGAUAAUAUGUCAGAAGCAUCACCCAUCCAUGCCGCACAAGGAACCCUUGCCCCAUCUGAAUACUACAUGCAAAUAUAGAGUUGGUCAGGUGGCUCCAGCUGCUGCUCCUUUUGCUAAAGGCACUGUGUUGGGAGAGUUGUCCCUAUUGUUCAAACAGAAAAUGCUUCUCCAGAAUUUUCAGAAAGAAAAUUUUCUUCCCCCCAAAUAAUUUAUCCCUUUUUGAGAAUACUGAUUUUCCCCAAUAAAUUUUCUAACAAUA